AUGCCGAACACUGGAAAAGUAUCUUUGUAUAUACUCAUUAAAAACAAUCCAGAAAUUAUUGAUAAUAAUGAUAUUAAAAAUUGUAUUACUAAUGCAUUGAUUAAUUUACAAGAAUGCAAAAUUAAUAUUAAUUUUUAUAAAACUGUACCAUUAGGUGAUAGUAAAAAAAACAAUUUUUGAAAUCUCAGAAAAAAAUUGUAUUAAUAAUGCUUUCCUAUGGCGAUGAUUCCCGACGCAGUAUUCCGUGAGUAUUCGGCCAGAACUCGCUGGAAAUUCAGUGCAAGGAUCCGCCGAUCGUAUCCGGCUACCGGUUUUGACUGGUUCCUGUGGGUUCCGAAUAGGCAUGCACCAAUUCCAAUUC